UUACUCGGUGUGAAAUGGGAGGAAAUGCCGUUAUGCAAUACGCCUCAGCCUUCAGCGGCCCCAGGCACGCCACUAACGCGAGGAUACUUGAGCCCAUCGAAUACUAUCAUCAGUCUUAGCAACGCGCUCAAACAGAUUCUCGUGCGCCAAUCAUUGAGCCCUGUUCUAUCGCCCAAAGCUGCCAAAUCGUUUCUGAGCACACUGUGGCCUACACCUCUUAACAAGCUGCACCGCCAGCCCGGAAGGAACUUAUACUUUGGCGGUCGCGUUUAUCGUGAUGUUGUAUGUGCGUAG